AUGGCUCAUGUCAGCAUCAUCGUACAGUACGAGGGCGGACGGGCUGCAGUGGCCAGUCAGGGCUGUGGAUCUCAUCUUCCUUCCACUUCCUCCAAGCUCCGGAAGCUUCACGGUCAAGAUUUCCAAAUGCCCGAGGUCAGUCCAGGACUUAUCGAGGAUGUAGCUGCGCACUUACAAUUCGCUCAAGUGCACACUCGUCUACUGUACAGUGUACACUGCACGACCAUCUUCUUCAUCCAAUCGCCCACCCAAACAUCCAAGUCUCACCGAGCAGUCCCGUCUAGCGUUCUCCUUCGCCGCUUCGCUUUCGAAUCCAUUGCCCAAAGUUGUCGCAGUGCUCAGUGCCCUGUGCCCACUGCCCAGUGCCCACGAUUCAGAGCCGUUUCUCCUCCUCCAUCCAGUCCUCGUCCCCGUCUGCGCAUUAAGCUUUCUUGGUCUCGUUCGUCUCGUUCAUCGGCCCUCAUCUAG